AUGGAGAGCCUAAGGUUGCUUGAUGAAGUGAUCAAACUUGAAGAGGACUCGAAGAGUUUAGCUUCUGCGGUUUGUCCGUUCAUAUAUUCUGAUGAUGUGAAGAGUUCAUCUGUGAUUGUGGGAUGUCAGCGACUAUCUGGUGAAUUGAAUUACGCUAUCUGCAUGAAUGAUGCCAUCUACUUAUUUCAAGACUACAAAGUAGUGCAAGAGUAUCAAUUUGAUAAAUUAAGUCGCUGUUACAAGUACUUAUAUCUCGAGGAUUGUAUACUCUCUCCUCACCCUGUGCAUAUGAUGAUCAUGAGUAACGCAACACUCUUGAUAUGUGAAUCGACGAGAGGUUGCUCUCUAGACAUUAAGCAAUUGCAACUUCCCAUCGAAUUUUGCAACAGUUGUGAUUUAUAUGCGAUUGCUCUGCCGCCAGAAUCCCUUCUUUAUUCACCUGAUGCUCAAACGAUUAAAUCAGUGAGUUUCCAACAACUACUCAAUUCAAACUUCUCAAAUGUCACUGAGGUAUACAAGGUAUUCAUGGGUAAGUUACUGGGUUUUGAAGUUACAGAGAAAGGUGGCGUUUUAUUUUGCUUGUAUCGGCACAGAUCUACUGGAAAUCUUUAUGUUGAGUUGGCAAAGUAUGAAGCUAUGCAUUACAUCCUAUCUAGUAGACAUUCUUUGGGGUCGUCAAGCAAAUAUUGCAUCAAGAAGGUGGAUGACUGUUGGACAAUAUGCGUAACAGAAGACAAGACAUGGAGUUUUAAGGUGGACAAUUCACCAGUUUGUGUGAAAAAUUUACAUGCUUCUGAGCUCAGAGGUAUGAUAUCGUUAGAUAUCAGAUGCGUUGAUAAUAAAACACUUUUGAAAGCUUUCUGCCUUGACGGAGCAGUCCUUGAGGCCAGGUUUCGACAUGCAUCUAGCUCUUCUCCACAAGUAAUAACGUGGCGCAAGGUUAAAUUUCCAAGUAAGUUUCCAAGUGAACUGGGAUUUGCUACUGAGCUUUUCGAUGCGAUAUACCUAGUUGCUUCACCGUUAAAAGGCUUGUCUUUAGUGAAUCUUAAGAAAGCCACCAAUCGGAUUCUUUUUCCCUUUCAUUCUAUGAAAUUGUUUGAUGGUUGUUGCAUACCCAAUGGUGGCACUGAUUUGGAUUCCGCUUUGUUUUGUGGAGCAUUGACCAGAAGCCAUGGCUUCAUUGAGAAACGCCGUCUUCAUUUCUCGAAAGAUGUUCUUUGCAUUAUUUCAAGUAAGAAGCUCACUCAUUCACCCAUAGCAGAGAUAUGGGCCACCCACUCAGGAAUUGUUUACGAAUCUGCGGGAGUACUCUACAAAGCGAUCACGAACGAACGGCUGAAAGACUGGAAUGGUGGAAUAUGGCUCACGGAAGACUUGGUUGAGAUUGCUGACGUAGAGGGCGAAAUCGUCUCACUACAAGAACUAAGCAAUUCAACCUGUGGAGACCACCGCAGCUACUCUAUCAUCUAUAGUAAUGGCACCCUCGAGUUGGCUAGUUGUGUGAGUCGAGGGUCCUUGCGAGCUUUUGUAAUGAUAAACCUAGGACCGAAUAUCAUAGAUUUCGCUCAUGCUGCAGCUGCUUAUCAUGACGUUGAAAAAUGUUACUACGUUGCCAGUUAUCACGAAUACGGUUACUUGAGUUUCUGGCGUAAUGAAACAGAGAUUUUCAAAUAUAGUUUGGGGCUUGAUUUCUUUGUAUCAGACUUAUUGGUCAAAGUCCUCCAAGAUUGCUGUUAUACAAUUGCGACAAGCACUGAUGCUCGAUCGAGGAUUUUUCUGUCGAACUCAACUGAAAAUCUCCUAGAGGUUGAAGGAACUUCAAGUGAACCUUUCAAGCUCUUGGAUUUGGAUGAAGAACUACCAUUUGUUCUUUUUUACAACGAGCAUGAGUCUAUCAUGGUCAAUCUCGCAAGUUUGAGUUACGGUGAACUUCAUAUUGGCGUUCGCCCGUUGAAACUAGUAAAGUGCAGUGGCCUAAUUUAUGCGCUUGAUAAAGAAUGGACUUUGACUACCAUUGAUUUAUCAUUCAAGAUGUCCAAUACCGGGGGCGUUCCGACUCCUACCUUAAAGUGUGAUUUGUAUGAACUCCCGGGUAGUCUGGCACUAUGUCUAACUUUACUUCCAACACUGGGCUAUGCCAUUGUUGUAACCAGAACUUCUCGACAUAAACAACUACGACUUGUACUUUUUGAUUAUGAAAAGAAUCGUAUAAUCGACCGCUAUGAACCUAGUGACCAGAUCUCAAAUGCUUUGGUAAAGCCAUUUUGUGAUUCAUCGUCGGAUUUAUUCUUGCAACGAUUCUUUUUGGUGUGCUGUAACAGUGGAGAACGAUCAUUUUUCGUAAUUCUUCGCAUAGACAACGCCAAGAUAGUACCAUUACAAUAUGAAUUACUUCCAUCACCUGUUUCAACGUUGGCUGUAUCCCAGGAUCGUUCCAAGGUAUUCUUUGGAGGAGCUGGGCUGAAAGUUUAUGGCAUAGCGAAGGAUUAUGCAACUGGAACGAUAAGUCUCCGAAAUACAACUUUCAAGCUCCAAAAUGAGUCUCUGCAGGUGGCAAUCAUUCCUGGUUCAGAAUCAUUGAAGUGUAUACUACCAUUUGGCGGAUGCUUUGAAGUUGAAGAGAUUGGAGGGAAAGUUGAGAGACAUGUGGAACAUAUUUUAAGUGAUGGAUCAAAUUUGAUAAGAAAAACUGCCUUCAAGCGACUAAAUCAAAUGACUCGUAAGCAUACAUCUACUAGCACUGAGAUACUGAGCAGGUUCGCGAAUACCGGGCUAAAGAACAAAGAAAGCAUGUACGUUAUUAUACUCGAAUCCUCAAAGCGUUUGACACUAUUCUACCAACUCACUGAGGACACUCCACUCUCUCCAAUCUGUUGCUUUCCAUUUAACGAUCCAAUUAUCAACAUUGUUCCGGUCAAAGACGACUUUUCCUCGGUGCAGACCAAUGGUACUAGGCUGGAUGGAUUGCCGCUCUUUAUGAUAAUGUGUGCGAACGGGACUGUGCAUACGAUAGUGGAACCCAGAAACAGAUCGCCAAUUGAAUUACAGAGUAAAAUUAUCGGUUUCGAACAAUUUUCCUAA